GCGUCUCCCUGCAGGUUCCCCAGACCAUCCCCAUGGACCUGCGGAUUGGACAGCGUCUUGCCAAACCCAGCCCAGAUACUGCCUUACUGGCCCUGAAGCAGACACAGCAGCUACAGCACCAGUUCUUCCUAGCAAGCUUGCAUCAACAGCAAGUGGAACAGCUUACUCGCCCGCACUUGCGGGUGCCCAUGGAUCCCCCGCCCCAAGACACCGUCCCUGGAAAACAGGAACAUGAGCUGCGACUGCUCUUGAAUAAAGACAAAAGCAAACGCAGUGCUGUAGCAAGUAUGGUUGUGAAACAGAAGCUGGCAGAGGUCAUCCUGAAAAAACAACAAGCUGCUCUGGAAAGGACUAAUGCUCCCAUCAUGCCAUACAGGUCCUUGGAGCCAAUGGAACAUGAAGGACCACCAAAUCCUAUGCUCCCUGCUUUCUUUCCUCCUGUCCCCAACAACUCCAGGGGUUCUCCAGAGCACUUCCCACUAAGGAAAACAGCCUCUGAGCCCAACCUGAAGUUGCGCUGUAAAGCUAAAAAAACCGAACGGCGCAAAAACCCAUUGACCCGGAAGGAAAGUGCCCCCCCUUCCUUGAAAAGGCGCCCGGCAGAAGCCAUUGAUUCAUCCCCCAGCAGCAGCAGCACCCCAGUCUCUGGAUGCAGUUCACCCAAUGACAGUCUGGUGCCAGAACAUGGAGCCACACCAGGGCUUAUUCAAGAGGCCCCACUAGCUCAGCGCCUGAGAAUGCAGGAAAGCUCACUGGCUCAGUAUGCUCUUCAGACCAGUAGUUCUCUCCCAGCCCUCACCCUUGGGCUACCAGCCCCUUCUGCAGCAUCUGCCAGGGGGGAUGGUGAUCACAGGGCACACCCAGGCCUUGCGCACAAGGUGCCUGUCCUGACUAGCACUCACGCACCCAUGUUCCUACCUGCCAACCUGGAGCAACACGAACCUGGAAGCCCUCUGUCCCCUCGACUUCAUCCUGUUAUCAUUCUGGAGCCCUCGCUUACACACACUCCUCUGGUUACAGUUCCAGGGCUGGGAUCAGUCCCCUUUCACUUCAGCCCUUCAGUGCUUCCUUCGGAGCGGCUGCCGAUGCCGAUGAUCCAUAAGCCCUUGGGACGGACCCGCUCGGAGCCUCUGCCGUCCAAUCCCAGAACGGUGCAGCAGCAGCUGGCCUACCAGCAGCACCACGCUUACUUCCUGGAGCAUCUGAAGCAGCAGACCCAACUGGGAAAGCGCAUGGCCAAAUCCAGCGAGAAGCCUCGCCUGCAGCAGAUCCCCUCUUCCGAAGACAUGGAGGCCGAGGCAGGAGAAGACCCGUGUGAGCAGCCCCAGGGCCAGGGGGAGCCUUCACCGUCAGGAGGUGGCAGCUCUUAAUUCCAUCCACAGGCCCAUUAUAUCUGGGAACAACAACAGCGUAUGCCACAGCAACAGCUCCUCCGAAGGCAGCCUGCCGACUCGUUGCUGACCCCAGCCGCACGGGGAGGCCACCGACCCCUCUCCCGGGCUCAUUCCUCACCUGCCCCGGCCACCGCCUGUCUACCUAGCCAGGACACGUCUUCCAAGGCCAUCCCACUCCCAGUGCAAGAACAGACCAUCAAACCCCGCUUCACCACAGGGAUCGUGUAUGAUUCGGUCAUGCUGAAACAUCAGUGUUCGUGUGGAGACAACAGCAACCAUCCUGAGCAUGCAGGCCGAAUCCAGAGCAUCUGGUCUCGCCUACAGGAGCGUGGCCUACGCAACCAGUGUGAGUGCCUUCGAGGACGCAAAGCCACCUUGGAGGAGUUGCAGUCCGUUCAUACUGAGCGUCACGUGCUGUUAUACGGCACCAACCCUCUCAGUCGCCUGAAGCUGGACAACGGCAAACUGGCAGGAAUCCUGUCCCAGCGGAUGUUUGUCAUGCUGCCCUGUGGUGGAGUUGGGGUGGAUAGUGACACCAUUUGGAACGAGCUACACUCCAGCAAUGCUGCACGGUGGGCAGCUGGGAGCGUGACUGAGCUGGCCUUCAAAGUGGCCAGUCGGCAGCUUAAGAACGGCUUCGCAGUUGUACGGCCUCCAGGACACCACGCUGAUCCCUCCACAGCAAUGGGUUUCUGCUUCUUCAAUUCGGUGGCAAUUGCAGCCAGGCAGCUCCAGCAAAAAGGAAAAAUCGGCAAGAUAUUGAUUGUUGACUGGGAUGUUCACCAUGGUAAUGGGACACAGCAAGUUUUCUACAGAGAUCCAAAUGUCCUCUACCUCUCCUUGCAUCGCUAUGAUGAUGGCAACUUCUUCCCUGGUAGCGGAGCAGCUGAUGAGGUGGGCUCCGGGGCCGGAGAAGGUUUCACUGUCAAUGUCGCUUGGACAGGAGGUCUUGACCCUCCCAUGGGAGAUCCAGAGUACUUGGCGGCUUUCCGGACGGUGGUGAUGCCAGUUGCCCAAGAGUUCUCCCCGGAUGUGGUGCUGGUAUCUGCAGGCUUUGAUGCAGCCGAUGGCCAUCCUCCUCCACUAGGAGGUUACAAAGUCUCAGCCAAAUGUUUUGGUUAUAUGACCAGGCAGUUGAUGAAUGUGGCUGGUGGGGCUCUCGUUCUAGCCCUGGAAGGAGGCCAUGACUUGACUGCCAUUUGCGAUGCCUCAGAGGCCUGUGUGUCUGCUCUGCUGGGUAACGAGCUUGAGCCUCUUCCAGAAGAGAUCUUGCAGCAGAAACCUAGCACUAAUGCCGUACAUUCCUUGGAGGCAGUAAUCCAGGUGCAAAGCCAGUACUGGAGCUCUGUACGUCGUUUUGCCUCCACUGUAGGAUAUUCAGUUUUGGAAGCCCAACGUCACGAUGUGGAAGAGGUGGAGACAGUGACAGCACUGGCCUCACUUUCUGUAAUGGCAGAAAAAAAGCGGCAAGGAGAACCAAUGGAAGAAGAACCCAUGAACCAAUGAAGAGCUGUUCUAUCAUCCACCAAGAACACAUAAUUCAUUGUGGCUUGUUACUUGUAUCACAGUCCUGGCUCCCAUCUGCUGCACAGCCCAUAUUACCCUCAGCCACAAAGCUGGAAAACUGACUCCAAGUGCAGGCAGAGAGGCUCUGCAGAAGGAGGCAUGUGGCAGACCUUCCAGGAUUAAUAGCUACCCCUGGGGUGUUACCAUGUGCACAAUUCUGCCAAUGCAAGCAACAGAAACAGAGGACACAGGAGAGCAGCUAUAUGGACUGCCAAAUUGGACAUUUUACUCGGAUGUCGGGGUGGUGCCUUUCCCCUCCAGAACCAAAGAUGUCCAUAGAGUGAUCCUGCUGUACAGGAGCCCAAGUCAUUCUCUUUUUUAAAACAAAACUUGGUCCCUCGGUUGAGGAUGUCCCAUCAUCAAAGGAGCUGGACUGUGCAUGGAGAAGACAAACAUUUGAUGUCAGACAAUAGCCAACAUCUUUAUAGAACUGACCCAGCCCAGUUUCUACUAACCACUGCCCCAAUUACACCUUUUUGGUCUUGGACCUUCCUAAUUUGCACUAUUACACAGAUCACACAGGCACAAACUUUGUUCUAUCUUCCAUAGGAUUUUGUGGGAACAAAUUGCACCUCCUUGUGGACUUGAGUCCUUGACUUGACCAUUCCUCCAGCAUCAAGGCACUAUGAAAAUGCAUAGCCCUGUGGUGCUUGUGGCUGGUUGGUUUCGUCCAGAUCCAUAAAAAUAGGCAGCCUUAUUCCAAAGAGUAAACUUAAAGGUGUGGGGAAAUGGGGGAUGGAUACUGUGAGCAAGAUAGAUUGUUCCUCUAUUACCCCAACCAGUAUGUGGCAUUUGAAUUCCCUCUUAACUUUCAUUUUGGGGGGAUUUCUUUUUCUGUACCUGUUAAAGCAACAACACAAGUGCCUAUGCAAGGGCCUCAUUAUUCAAACGAGGAGUUAAUAUCUUCCAUAACUAUAUCCAAUCUUCAUGGAAUAAUGGAAGAUAGAUAAUUCUAAUUUCAUCAGAGAGGCGGCUGAUGCUGGCACAACCAGUUUUCUACGGAUGAAAGGCACUUCGUGUGAAAUGUGCAUAUCUGUUUUGCUUUCGUAUCCAUUGCUGUCUGCAUGUGCUGGAAAGUUGCGUCCAGUCGCAGCCUCCCAGCGUGUGAGUGAGAGGCACCCAUGACAACGAUCCACACAUUCCUAAAUUGAAGCAUCUUCCACACGGGACAUUUGUCAUGUUCAAAGGGGUCUUUCUUACUGCUCGUAGUGAGAUUGUGUGUUUGGGGGAGGCCGGGCAAGGUAUGGAAGAAGGAUGUAAAAUAUAUACCAUGUGCUGGAUCUAAGCCACCCAGUAAAUUGAGCCUUUGCUA